AUGCCUAUCAAUCUUUCCCGCAUUGGACAUGCCGCUGUCCGGGUUCGGGACAUCGAGCGGGCCAAGAAGUUUUACACGGAAGUCCUGGGGUUCGUGAUCGAGGAAGAAGACCCGGAGCACGGUGGCGUAUUCAUGAGCCUGGGACGGGAUGACACCCACGAAGGGCACGUUUUUGACCUUUCUCCGGUGGAAGAUCCGGACAACGCCCUGGACGCUCCAGAGCGCAACCAGGUGGGCGUGGCACACAUCGCCAUCAAGGUUGACAGCCACGACGACAUGAAAGACGCGUAUGACCACCUGCUCAGUAACGGAGUUACCGUGGACCGCCUGGUGGAACAUGCCAACCAGCGCAGCAUGUACUUCGCCGACUCCGAGGGCAACCGUCUGGAAAUUUAUUUUGAGUUUCCAACUUCCAAGGAGUUGUUCAAGCGGGGCCGCGGCGACCGCGACUUCGUCUUUACCUUUGAGGACCCGGUCCCCCCCUGGGCCACCGAAAUUCCCGCCGACUGGGACCCCGAUACUACCGUGGACCGCUACCACCGUGGCACCGUCAGGACGAUGGGUGGCUAG